ACUGGUUACUUGACCGAGACAUUCGCCUCGCGUUCGCGACCAUGAGAACAUCUCAUCCUAUCUGGACCCUUGUCCUAUCAAUCCUAAUUUUCUUUCUAGUCUUUCCCGAAUCACAAACACGAAGUGUUGUAAAUGAUCUCGUGAGCGGUGAUGUUGAAACUCCAGUGAGUGAUGAAAAAAAUGAUUCAAUUGUUCACGAUAGCGCAUUAAGUGAGAGAAUCAAGACUGAAUUUUCUGGAUCUGUAAAUAAUUCACAAGAUGAAAUUCUUGAGGAGAAGGGAAUACGAAGAUUUGAUGCCGAUGAACCCGCCGGUGAGGUUCCCCAAAAGGGUAAAUUAAAUUCAAAGGGAAUUCACAUUGGCAGUGAAACGCAUGUCGAAGUCUCCGAAGUGAAGGUCGAACAAAAUCAUGAGGAUGGACAAAGGAGAACUGUUGAGAGUGAUGAGAAACAAGAACAACAAGAGAGAAUUGAAACCGAAAUCCCUGAUAAGAAAGAUCCAGAUAUUAAAUCCAGAAACAUAGUCUCUAUAAACUCCGAAGGUCUUGGUGAAUUUAAUUCCGAAAGUCCAAAGGAAUCGCUAAUUCCCGAAGCUAAGGUUUACAAUUCCCCAAUAGAGUCGUUGAAAAAAGAAGCACUGCUUCUUCAGCAACAGGUGAGUGACAAAUCACUUUUUGAAUCAGUGAAAGAACCAACUAUAGUAAUGUCAGAAUUUCCCCUCUUAACGGAAAUUGAAAUCCUAAACGCUCUUAAAUCCAUUCCCUCUGUAAAAGAUCAUCAUCUAUUGAAUAUUGAACCCUUGGAUCAUCAUCUUCUAAGUGACAAACAAACAGAAAUAAUACAAUGUUCCGCCGCAUUUAUGCAGCAGCAACAAAGACCAAAUUUCUUCCGAGGCAUGUACGACUGCAUCCGAGGUUUAAGUGUCAUGAACUGUAUGCGAAUUUUCGUCUACCCAAUUAUUGCCGAAACAGUCCCUCAACUAAUUUUGCAAAACAUGCCAAGCCUUCCAAUUGAGAUAAACAUUCCCGAUCUUUUGCCAAAUAGAAACAAAACCAAAACUGCCAGAUCGGGGGCAUAUUUAGUCUACACACUUUUGAACACCGAGGACGUAUUUAUCGGAAUGUUGAAAGACGUCUUGGAUACCCACAGAAGCCACGAGAGUGUUCCAUCCUAUAUCGAUUCAAUGAACGAAACAUUUGUCAAAUUGCUAUCACCUGGUCAAAUGAAAAUACUCCAAAUGGGAGAGAAAAUCCUUCCUGUCUCUAGUCGUCGGGAAUAUUCCGACCGAAUGUAUUCCUGUAUUCGGAGAUUUGAGUAUUUCAGUUGUCUCCGUUAUUUUGCCUGGCCAAUGAUGAAAUUAUAUUUUCCCGCUUUGCCUGAUUUUCCCGACUAUGAAAUUUUAUACCCAAUUCCUACAUUUACGGAAUAUCCAAUCCUUCCGUUUCCUUUGGAACCCCUACCGGAAGUUAUUGAAGCAGAUCUUAAGAAACGACCAGACGCUCUAAUUCUAAGAAUUUUGAGAGAAGGCGUAAGACCCGGACUUCGACCAACUUAUUACAAUCUAUCAUCUAAUUCUACUGAAGCUUUAGUACUUUUGGAACAAAUGAUUAAAACCCUACCAUCUGGAAACAAGAUUUACAACAGAUUACAAAUUCCACAGGAUCAAUUAAAUUCCCUUUAUGUGGCAAAGCAAAUUCUCCCUCCACAAUUACGAGCCGAAUUUGCCUCACAAUCCCUCAAGUGUAUUAGGGAAUUUAAUUAUUACGCCUGUAUGAAGUACUAUACUUGGCCAAUUAUACGACAGGCCCAACCAACUUUACCCCAAUUUCCUGAUUUGGCAAGUCUAUUCCAAAUUCCCGACUUUUCGCAAUUUUUCCAAUUUCCAAAUCUUGCGGGACUAUUUCAAUUACCUAAUUUCCAGCUGCCUAAUUUACCUAAUUUCCAAUUGCCUAAUUUACCUAACUUCCAAUUACCUGAAUUUCAGUUGCCUAGUUUUCCUACUUUUGGACAACCAUCGUUCCCAAGCUUACCGUUUUUCCCACAACCACAAAGUCCGCCUUCAAUCCCAAUUUUCCCAGGAGGACCGGAGAUACCUCUUCCUGAUGGUGUGCCGACAAUCCCUCCGAUUCCACAGGCACCAACCUUACCAUCUAUUCCCGGAGUGCCGUCACUUCCUUCUAUUCCUACAGCGCCAACAAUUCCAUCCAUACCAACCGUUUCGGGAGUACCAACAUUUCCUUCUAUUCCUACAGCGCCAACAAUUCCAACAGUACCAAGCAUACCAACCGUUCCUGGAGUACCAACAUUUCCUUCGAUUCCUACAAUUCCAACAGCUCCAACAAUACCUUCUAUUCCGACCAUACCAACUCUACCAACUGUGCCACCAGCUGUAACACCUGCUUCAGCUCCAAGUGUAAUUAUACGUGAUGCUCCAGAUCUCGAGGAAUCAAGGGAAAACAACCAUGAAGGAGACUAUUUCCCACAAGUAGAAUCAAGGCAAAAUUUCCAAGAGGACAGACUCGAAUCGAAUUUCACUGAAGAAUCAAAAUCAUCAAUUACACAGAAAGCGAACAUUCAAAUUACCCCUAGGAAAAAUGAUAUCUCCAACGUUCCACUGAUAACCCUAACAGGAACCGAAUUUGUACCGAUACUAUCCGAGAAACCAGAAACAGUUAUUUUCACAAUACUCCGUCUCAAUCAAGUAUCAGAUCCAAAUCUAAUGCACACUCUCGCAAUACCAUUUUUAAAUUCCUCCACACCGGAGUAUUCCUCUUUCUUAACACUUCAUCAAGAAAAUAUCAUUUUACUAGCUAAAAAUAUGCUUCCCGAAUCAAUAAGAUCAUCAUUCACAGAACAAAUGAUCUCCUGUGUGCGUGAUAAAGACUUUUUGACAUGUGCCAAAAGUAUUAUGUUUCCCACACUCAAGGAAUAUUUUCCCAAUAUGUCUGGAUUUCCCAUAUUUGAACCAACAAAAUUUGAACAACAAAAUCAAUAUCAAACGGAGACAAAUGUCAAAACUGAUAAACAUGGCGAGGCAACGGUUACUAUAACAGACACAAGAUUUAUUCCCAUCUUCUCCGAGCAUCCAGAAGCUGUGGUUAUGAAUAUUUUACGAGCCGUUCAAAUAUCAACACCAAAUUUACCAUCCGGUUCUUUGAAAACAAGGGAAUUUACCAAAGAAUCUAAGAUUUUAACUGAGAAACAAAUUGGAAUUCUAGAAGUUGCUGAAAGUCUCCUACCGCAACAAUUGAGGGAGACAUUUAUCAAAAGAAUGAUUGAGUGUUCAAAAGACACUGCAUUUUUAGAUUGUACCCGUGACAUUGCUUUUCCAAGUAUUGCACAAUAUUUUCCAAAUUUACCAAAUUUUCCCAAUUUUGGAAAUCAUUUUCGUGAUGGAUUAACUCGUCAUGAAACUUAUUUACAACAAAUUGAAAAUCAUCUUCAAAAUGAAAUUGAAAAUAUUUUAACUAGAGCCGUUUCAGUUAAUGAACGUUCGAAAAAAACGGAGGAUAUGGAGGAAAAUUCCCCUCUAGCAUCAUAUGGUUUAUUAUCAAAGCAACAGAAGAAUAUCAUACGCCUAUCGGAUACAAUUUUACCAGAUUCAAUACGACCUGCCUAUCAUGCAAGAAUGAUUGACUGUAUACAAGGCAGUAGUUUCGUCACCUGUAUGCAAAAUAUUGGUUGGCCGAUCUUACGACUAAAUCCCCUACUUCUUAAUUCACCGGCAACAAUAAUUCCCGAGUAUAUACCCCAAUCUGUUCCAAUUUCCACUUCUCCGAUUAUAAUUCCUCACGUAUUAAAUUAUCAAAAUCUCGAAAAAGGAAAUCCAAGAAUCACGUCGUCAGUAGGACAAGUUUUUGCACCAGAGAUACCAACCUACGCUGGUCAACCAAACGCCAACUUUGUAGAUUUGUCAGGGGAGAAAAUUAAUCUCGAAAAUACAAAAUCAAAGAAGAUGGAACGACGGAAAAGAAGUACCACAUAUCUAUUAGACUCAUAUCCAGAGGAUAAUCCAGAUAAGAAAACAGUUCGUAAAAAUCUUUCAAAAAUGACAUUUCCCAAUAUCACCGAUACGGAAUUACUGCAGAUUUUAAUUGAAAUAAAAAAAUCCAAAGUUGAUCAAUUUAGAAAAACACAAUCGGCAAAAAAAUAUUUCAUUGACGAUCUUCACGAGGAGGAGAAGAAAAUUUUAACUGCAAAUGAGGUUGAGAUUUUGAAACUUGUUGAAGAUUUAUAUCCAGAGGCGUCUCGUGGUGUAAUGGGUCAAUUGUGGCAAUGCAUCAGGGGUUUCAGUCUCAUAAGAUGUGCCGGUGUAUUUAUAUGGCCAAUGAUAACAAACACUGUACCAUCAUUAGUUCUUGGUUCAAUGAUAAGUAAUUUACCAACAUUUGGUCUCUUGGGACGUUCUGAAACUGAAACGCAAGUUGAGGAAUUUUUCGGUAUAACUGCCAAUCAAUUCGAAAAGGAUCUCAUGGAAAAGAAACACGAAUUUGAAGAUGUUCUUCUCAAUUGGUAUAAAUCACUAAUGCAAGAAAAAUUUGAAACUAGUAUUGGAUUUUUAAAAAUUAAAGGACAUGGAAAUGGUGAAUUAGGCAUCAGUUUAACGGGUUACAGAGAGGGAAGAGCGAAAGUUAUCAAGGAUAAUAAAAAUUUACCCAGUAUUUUGACAAUCAUCAGUGAUAUUAUGGAAGAUGUUUUAGAGCCAAAGCCAAAUUCGAAUAGAAACAGAAAAGAUCCAAAACGAGGAAAAAGUUUGAAAUUCGAUGAAAAUAAUUAUCAAACACUUGUCGAUGCAAAAGAAGAUUCAAAAAGUGAAAUAACAAUGAAAGAUGAUCGUGUUCUUGCUGCUUUAUUGGAAAAAAUAAAAACUAAUGACACUGCUGAUACAAAAGAAAAUUCGGAAAAAUAUUUCAAUAUUCAAAAUGCUUAUAAAGCAUUUGAAUUAUUAUUUGGAACGAGAUUUGCAAGUCAAAUUGAAAAAUUAAAAUCAUUUAGCGAGGAGCAUUUACGUUCGUUUAUUACUAGAAAUAUGGACGAGGAAAUUCCAAUUGAGGAUGAAUUGAAAAUAAUUCCCUAUGAAGUGAAGGAGAAAUUUUUGGAAGAUCAAUUGAAAAUUAUUCCUUUAUUGAGUAAUCAGAAUUUUGAUAAAACAGAAAAGUCAAGGGAUCAGGAAAAAGUGAAAAAGGAUAAUCAUAGGAAGAAGCAUAGAAAUGAAUUAUCAAUAGAACUACCACGUUUGAAUGAUAUUGUUAUUAGUAAAAAAGUGACUAAUAAUGUUGUCAAUAUGGCUAGGAAUAUAAAAACAAAAAUGAUGCAAAUGAUGCCUGGAAUUGGAAUGGCAGUUUCAUUUUUAUUACAGGUAGUGAUAGCUCAUGCAAGAACAGCAGCAUCGGUUGCAUCGUUAAUGAGUAAUAUUGCUCUUGGUAUGGGUGUUGUUAGUAUGAUUCGAGAUACACUCUUUGGUCAAAAUCCAAAAGUUAAAUACGUCUACGAUACAGAAACUAAUGAUCCAUCAGUUUCAUGGCCCAAAGAUCUCAACUAUUGGAAUUAGAGAUUAUUAAAAUUUUGGUUAGAGGGUUUCUCCAAAUGAGAAACAAAGAAUUAUUUUCUUUUCUCCCCGGGAUUAAGGUGAAGGGUGCCAUUGCGUUAGGCCUAAGAUGACAUCAAAUACUCCAAGAGUAUGAUUCCUAAUUAUUUUUCUUUAUAGUAUUAUUUUUUAAUUGUAUCUCAUAAAUUAGUUCUUAUCACAAAAAUGUAUUUGUACAACAUUGAUGCUGUGUAAUUUCGUUUUAACUUCCCUUUCAAUUUUAUUUUCAUAUUUCAAUUUCAAUCAAAAAUAAAAUUCGAAAUAGAAGUCAAAAUUAAAUUAUGCAAUCGCACAAUAAUUUAAGAUUUUGAUUAAAUGUAUCUGGUUUUUAAAAGACCGUGUGAUUUUGUGAUGCAUCAAUUUAAGAUGCUUUUAUGCAAAAUAAAAAUAAUUUAGAAAAAAAAAAA